AUGUUUGCCGUCUCUGCUUCCUCCUGCUAUACGGAUAACAUGUUUUCCCGAUGGGCUCGCUUCUGGAAGUCCUCCGGACGCACCAAGGAGAGCCGACGCGACCGGAAGAAGAUAGGCGAGGAGCUCACCCCAGAUGAAUACCGCGCGAGAGAUACCGUCAGAUUGGCUCGAUUCCAGGUCACAGGCAAGAAAUAUGCCGAUGCCACAAUUAUUGCCAUCAAUCGUGUUCAGCGCUUCUGGGAUCGCCACUGUACGUUUAUGGGUGUCGACGCCCACUCUCAUCUUUCCGCAUGUGUGGACGAGAACUUCCGAGUCUAUGCUGAUUGGAGAUUGAAAAAUUUCAACAUCACCAAACAGAGUACGAUCUGGGUUGAGUGGAAAUUCCUUCGACUGCUCUUUAAGAGGGAGACAGGUCGAAAAGUGGAUGAAUUGGUGGGCGAACUAAUCAGCGAGUUCAUCCUGGGUCCUCUGACUGAUGAGUACGAUUUGGACCUGUCGAUCGAUUACAAACCGGUAGUGAGUGUGGAAGACCUUGUGGCCAUCCUCCACUAUCACUGGUGUCUAGAUACCGCAUGUGUUACCCAUGAACGAUAUACCGUGCAGAAUCCACUGCUCAUGUUGUUUAUCGCCUACACCUCAACGCGCCCCGGAGCACUCAUCGAGAGUGGUUGUCUCCGUGGUUCCAACGAUGCCCUCUGCUAUAAGGAUAUUGUGCUGCGUGUGAUCCCUAACCCAGAUCAACCGGACCGGCAUGUACUUGUGAUGGAAGUAUCUCUUCUGUUCAUGAAGGGGAAGCGGAACAAGUCACAACCGACAACCUAUAUUUUCCACGAACGAGAUGACAACCUCGCGCUUUGUCCUGUCUCCCACUUCCUUGCCCUGGCACUGGCUGAUGAUGCAUUCGACGCAAGAGGCAUCAACUCAAUUGAAGAUGUGCUCCGCAUCCGGGUUAUGGCGCCCCGUAACAGCCUGCAUCUGAAAUGGAAACCCCACAUGCUCAAUGUCCCCGUAUUCCGUCGAGCCGUUCACACCGCAGAGGGGAUUCGGAUCUCUCCAGACAAAGCUCUGCCCUAUGACACAUUCAACCAGUAUCUCCAACGCCUGGGACGCAAUGCGGGGUUCGAGCACAAGCUGACGCCGUAUUGUAUCAGGCGAGGAACCGCCAACGCGGUUGAUAGUGAGUAUUAUUAUCGGCAUCUCCACACUUUCAUCAACGGCGUUCUGAUGUUUCCACGCCCAGCUGUUGCAACCACCAGUGAGCGUAACCAGGUCAUGGGCCAUUCCCGAGCGGAUAUCUUCGAACGCUACUAUAUAUCGGUGAAAGUCAAGCGGGAUGUACAGUCCGCCUACCUUGGCUGCCCUGCCCGAGAGUCCAUCAUCCAGGCUGUUGGAAGGUUCAGCCUCACGCGUGAUCCUCGUGCUCCGAAGGAGCUUAGCAAUGAGCAGAAGGAUGCAAUCGAGCGGGAUCCUCAGCUCAUCAAGCUGUGUGACCGGCAGCGUUCAUUGCACAAGCUUAUCGAGAGAAAGCACGGUUCAGUCCCAAAAGCCAAGGGCACAUCGCUGCAUCGCCAAUACACAGAGCUUGGGGAUACCAUCAGGGCCGAGAAACAGGCUCUCCACCGCGAGGCGUUUGAUGACAUGAGACAGGAGUUCUUCGCAACGAUCGACACCAUCGAGAUCGAGAGGCAACUUUUAGGAUUGUCUAUUAGCCAGGAACUCAAGAUGGCCGAUGAGGACAAGGUCCAAUUUGUAUUCGAGGAACGAGCGCGGCUCGCUCGUAAUCUCUUCCGCUCGUCGGACUGUCGAAUCGAAGAUUAG